AUGACUCCAUUCCAUUCGAAGAAGCGUGAGCCAUGGCAGUGGCAGCUCCGCUCGUCUCAGAGCUUCAUUGUCUUUGUGGUCUCGUUGGCCAUGUUGACGGACAUGUUUAUGUACGGCAUGAUCGUCCCCAUCAUGCCCACGGCCAUCGUGACUCGCGCAGGCGUUCCGGAUGAGGAUAGGGUAUUCUGGACGAGUGUCCUCCUAAUCUGCGAAUCCGGCACGGCCUUCCUCACCAGCCCUCUAUUCGGCUACUUUGUCGAUAUCUCGCAAACACGCCAAUUCCCCUUCCUCGUCGGCUUGAUGCUGCUCACUAUAUCCAUGAUAUUCCUCACCGUCGCGCGGUCCAUGACAGGUUUUAUCAUUGGGAGACUCCUACAGGGUGGUGCCGCUGCUAUGGUUAAUGUAGCGGGAUUGGCUCUCGUCGUCGAUGUGGUCGAUAAGGAGCAUCUAGGCGAGAUACUGGGAUACUUGGGCACCGCUAGUAUGAUUGGCAUUAUCUCGGGACCACCACUGGGUGGGUUGGUCUAUCAUGCUGGUGGGUACUACGCCGUGUGCACUCUGGCGUUUGCCAUGAUUGCCGUCGAUCUGGUUCUGCGGGUAGUGGUUAUUGAAAAGCGGGCUGUUGAUCGACUAGUCAAGCCGGUUGAUCCACCUGACAUUGGCAAUAGCGAUGAUGCUAUUACGGAGGUGUCUCGAAAUAGGUAUGCGUCGUUCCCUCGCGAUCAAAUCGAGGAUACCAUACCCCAACCCGGGGGCAAGGGGGGCUUUGCUAUUUUGGCCUUGUUGAAACAGCCACGCAUGUUGAUCACGCUGUGGGCUUUUGUGGCAGAGGGAAUUGUCACGGCUUCUUUUGAUGCUACAUUGGUCAGUUUCGUAGAGAAGACGUUUGGAUGGGGCCCUUUCGAAGGAGGGAUAGUCUUCCUCUUACUCGCCAUUCCGGCGCUCUUUGACCCAGUAUUCGGAAAUCUAACAGACCGCUACGGUGUCCGCAUAAUGGCCAUCCUCAGCUUCGCAACCGCAACCCCCGUCCUCCUCAGCCUCCAAUUCGUCCAACAAAACACCCUCUCCGACAAAAUCCUCCUCCCAACCCUAGUCACCCUCGCCGGCCUUGCCACCGAUCUCGCCCAACCCGCCCUCUUCCUCGAAACCCAAUUAGUCGUCGACAGCAUGGAAGCGUGCAACCCAGGCGUCUUUGGUGAGAAGGGCGCUGUGGCACAGGCUUUCAGCUUACAGGUCAUGGCGAGCUUUGCGGGACUUAUGCUGGGGCCUAUGGUGGGUGGGUUUCUGAGCGAUCGGUUUGGGUGGUCUGCUAUGGCGUGGUCAUUGGGAUUGUUGACUGCUGUUACUGUCGGGCCAAUGGUGUUUCUGAGUGGUGCUGGUGCUGGUUCCUAUAGUGCUGGCGCCGGUGCCGAUGAUGCCGAGGCGCAGGCUACGGAAGGGCAUGGAGAGCGAGAGCCCCUAUUGGAAGGCGCACAGUGA